UCAGGAGCAUUGUUUGUGGUGGGUGCCGGCUCCGGCGGCGGCUGCUGGUGGUGGUGUCGGUGGCGCCGCGUCUGCUGUCCGCCGCCAGCCCACCCCUUCCCCUCCCGGCUCCCCGCGCCGCCCUCCGCUCGGCCUGAGGGGCCUCGAACUCCACACGCGAACACCCCGUCAGAUGAUUGGCAGGGACGUGCCCGUUCCACGACUGGGCUCUGGCAGGUCCCUGGAGGGGGAUGGCACGCCGCGGCCGUCCAUGUUCCACCGAGGGGGCUUCUGGUGAAAAAGCACCCUGGCUUUACUUCCUACCCUCCUCACGGGCUGGCGAACCGACUCCCCCUCCAUCCGUCUGUCUCUCCCCUCCUCUUGACAAGUCGGGGAGGGAGUGGGAACACGCUACCUGAUGGACCGUAUGACAGAGGACGCCCUGCGCCUGAAUCUCUUGAAGCGGAGCCUGGACCAAGCCGACGAGCGGGAUGACGUCCUGGCCAAGAGGCUGAAGAUGGAAGGGCAUGAGGCCAUGGAGCGCCUCAAGAUGCUGGCGCUGCUCAAGAGGAAGGACCUGGCGGGCAUCGAGGUGCCCCAUGAGCUGCCCGUCAAGCAGGACGGCCUGAAGGUCUAUGAGGAGAAGCUGAAUGGGAACAUGAGGCCCCACACGGACAGCCGGUCUUCGGGGAGGCCGGGGAAGGAAAACAUCAAUGAGGAGCCAGUGGACAUGAGCGCAAAGAGAAGCAGUGACCAGGACAGGGGACGGCUCACCCCCUCGCCAGACAUCAUUGUCCUUUCUGAUAAUGAGGCCUCCAGUCCCCGUUCCAGUUCCCGCAUGGAAGAGAGGCUCAAGGCUGCCAAUCUGGAAAUGUUCAAGGGCAAAGGCAUUGAGGAGAGGCAGCAGCUCAUCAAGCAGCUGCGGGACGAGCUGCGGCUGGAGGAGGCCCGGCUGGUGCUGCUGAAGAAGCUACGGCAGAGCCAGCUGCAGAAGGAGAAUGUGGUGCAAAAGACUCCGGUUGUCCAAAACGCAGCAUCUAUUGUCCAGCCAUCUCCUGCCCAUGUCGGACAGCAGGCUCUGUCCAAACUUCCCUCCCGGCCUGGAGCUCAAGGGGUUGAGCCCCAAAACCUCCGAACAUUACAGGGUCACAGCGUCAUCCGGUCCGCCACCAACACGACCCUCCCCCACAUGCUUAUGUCGCAGCGCGUCAUCGCACCAAACCCUGCCCAGCUCCAAGGGCAACGUGUCCCUCCGAAACCGGGCCUCAUCCGCACCACCACUCCGAGCAUGAGCCCCACCAUCAGCUACCAGCCACAGUCCAGCUCGGCCGUCCCCUGCCAGCGCACCACGUCGUCCGCCAUCUACAUGAACCUUGCCUCCCACAUCCAGCCGGGCACGGUGAACCGGGUGUCAUCGCCCCUGCCCAGCCCCAGCGCGCUCAACGACGCCGCCAACUCCCAGGCGGCCGCCAAGCUCGCCUUGCGCAAGCAACUGGAAAAGACCCUCCUGGAGAUCCCGCCCCCCAAACCGCCCGCCCCUUUGCUCCACUUCCUGCCCAGCGCAGCCAACAGCGAGUUCAUCUACAUGGUGGGGCUGGAGGAGGUGGUGCAGAGCGUCAUUGACAGCCAAGGCAAAGGUUGCGCUUCCCUCUUGCGAGUGGAGCCCUUUGUUUGCGCCCAGUGCCGCACAGACUUCACCCCGCACUGGAAGCAGGAGAAGAACGGCAAGAUCCUGUGUGAGCAGUGCAUGACCUCCAACCAGAAGAAGGCGCUUAAGGCUGAGCACACCAACCGGCUGAAGAAUGCCUUUGUCAAAGCUCUGCAGCAAGAACAGGAGAUAGAGCAGCGGUUGCAGCAGCAGGCAGCGUUGUCCCCCACCGCCACUCCCGCCAGCGUGUCCAGCGUUAGCAAACAGGAAAGCAUCAUGCGACAUCACACACUCCGUCAGGCACCACAACCCCAGAGCACCCUGCAGCGUGGCAUCCCCACCUCGGCCCGCUCCAUGCUGUCCAACUUUGCGCAAGCCCCGCAGCUUUCCGUGGCGGGAGGCCUUCUCGGCAUGCCAGGUGUCAACAUCGCCUACCUGAACGCCGGGAUCGGGGGCCACAAAGCGUCGAGCCUGGCGGACCGGCAGCGGGAGUACCUUUUAGAUAUGAUCCCGCCACGCUCUAUAUCGCAGUCCAUCAGCGGGCAGAAAUAACGCCAGCUGCGCCCCCCUCCCCACCCUUUCCCCACCCACCUGACCCCCCCUCAUCCGUCGCAUGCAGUGCCUGUACUGGUGCCUACCAUAUGUGGAGGAAAAGACAAAAAACGAAAAAAGACAAAAAAGAAGACGACAAAAAAAAAACCACAAAAAAUGAGAAAAAAAAGACAAGAACAUUUGAAAAAAAAAAACACUUCAGUGACCUGCCCUCUUCCGGAACCAACUCUCCCUCCCGCUCCUCUUCUCAUCUCCGGAUUUUGUUUGCGGGGAGAGGCCAGGUGCCCCCGUCCCUCCUCCCUCCCUCCUUCGCUCCGUUCCCGAGGUCAGAACGCGUCUGCUUGGAUCCUGCACUAUACACUAUGUUAAUGCUUUGUUUUACGCUCCCUUUUAUUUUAUUUUUUAAUUUGUAAUGAUAACGCGUAGAAUUUUUAAACUUGUUGUGUUCUUAUUUUUAUUUCCCUUUGGCUUAAAACGGACGGCUGAGAGAGAGAGAGAGCGCACCUUUUCUUUUUUGUUUCUUUUUUAAAAAAAGGAAAUCUUUCUUGAGACUUUGAAAGGCUCCUCCUCCCGAAAGCUGAUUGGGGCUGACUCAGGGCUUUUGGCAGGGUUGUUACAGAGGCACCCCAAGGUGGGGAGGUGUAGGCCACCCCCAUGGGUGUGGCCGACCAUCUAGAAGGCACAGCCCUGGAAGCCGACGGCGUCUCAGAGAGUCAUCCCUGGUUUGGGUGGGUUUCUUUGUUUCCAAAGGAGUGGGCUAGAGGGGUAUGAGCUGGCCGUUGGCAGAGCAGGGCACACUUCUCUGAAACGUCCGUGCCAGGGAACAGACACCGCCUACGCCCUUGGAGACGGGCCUCCGAAGACGAACUGUGCUGGGGGCUUUCAAACGCUCUUUGGCUCUCUUCGCCCCUCUGAGCUGUUGGCUUCCCCCAAGCCUGCUACCUUCUCCGGUCUCCAUUACACCACCCCUUUCCCAGACCAAAGGCGCUCCAGGCGUCGCGUCGGUUCCCCAAAAUGUUUCUCCGCGGAGCCAUCUCUUCGCUCGUCUCUCCUGUGCCGCGAAGGCCGCCGUUGACGGGCCAGGAACAUCUUGCAGCGUUGCGUCGGCGGAGGAUACCAGGACGUGUAACCGGCCUUCUCUGCCCACCCUUCAGUUGCCGGUGGAGCUUCAGUGAGAGAGAGAGAGAGCGCCAAAUGUUUCAAGGUCCGCCACUGCCUGCCGAGCCCUCAAGAUCAGCCCCAGAGGCGUUUCCCUGACAUCGGACCCUCGCGAGCGGAGAGCGAAUUGCUCAGUCACACCCCAGGCGGCUGUAGGAGCUCUUUGAGCUGUACUCCACUCUGCUUUGUUUAAAUUUUCUGCUUUUUCUGCUCUGCUCCUCCAGCCGUGUCUCCAGUCUGAAGCGAUGGGGAGGGAAAGGGAGCGUCCCUCUCUCCCUCUCGGGGUUCCCCCUCCCCGCCAGUCUUUUUUCACUCGCGUCCCCCUUUCGGAAGCACUGAAUCAAGGACCCCAAAGCCCCCUGAACUCGCGCACACAGGCAUCCCAGCCGGCACUCCCCACCAGGUCUGUGGUAUCCCCUCCCCACGCCUGUGCUUCCUCUCUUCUCCCCCCCCCCCAAUCACUGAGCACUUAACAAAGAAACAGAGGUGGGGGGAACUGCCCGUGCGUUGGGAGGGGCCGCCAGAUACUUUUCAUAAGCUAGCAGCAGGUUAGCAUUGCAGGUGUGUGUAGACCGGGAUAGCUAACUCUGAGGUUCCCCCGCUCUGAUGUUGCCAGGCCAAUUGUCCCAUCAUCCCUGGGUUAUGGUCCAAGCUCCCUGGGGCUGGUGGGAGUUGCUGUCUGCCUGCAUCUUUAAGGGCCACGAGGUUAACUAUCAAUAUAUACAUGUGUAUAUAUACACACACGCAAGACACACAACCCAAUAGUUUCCGUUUCCCUGGAAAGCUUUUUCUUUUUGCUCCAGGUUCCUUCCGACUGUCGCGAUGCCGGAAGGAAGGUUUCCUUUGAAAGCAAAAACAAAACUUUGGCUGCAUCUUAAGAUAUCUCCUCCACGUGCUACACCCUUCCUUGCCUCCUUGAGGACCCCGACCCCUCACCCACCCUCCCCAAUUUGCUUAAAUUGGAUCUACGAUCUUCCCUCACCCCAAAACAAGUGCCAUUGUCCUCCCCGCACCCCUUCCCCCUUUAGAAUCGGGCGUUGCCAGGUGUGAACCAGUUCCAGCCACCUAGUGUUAUUGGGGAGGGGGCGGGUAUCCUUUUGGUCUUGUGUUGUUGUUUUCUAUUAAAAAAUAUUAAUAAGGUGAUGUAAGAAAUGUGCAAUAAUUAUUGCCUCUGCCUUUCAGGGCCCAGGCAGAGGCUUUGGUGGCAAGCAUUGAAUGGUAGCAAACCAGCCACUACUUUGGAGUUUUUGGGGUGGUAGGACAAGGAUUAGCCACUCCCCCCUCCCCCCCCCGCCAUCACCACACUGGGGUGGCAUAUAUGGCUUUGGCAGUAGGGCAGAGGACUCCCCCCACCCCACCCCCUGGAAGAAUCCUGCCUAUUGAAUCAGUGCUUCUCUCAUUCUCUGGCUCCUGCCAGUCUUUUCCUACCCCAAAGGGUGACCCCCAACAAAGUUCUGCUCCAAUGAGGCUCCUUGAAAUGAAUGAAUGAACCUAAGUCAUCUCCCAUCCACCAGGGCUGUUCUAAAAACGAGUAAUGACCCAAAGUUUGCUGUUGUAGAUCAUCCAGCCAGAAUUUGUUCUCUUCCACACUCUUUCUGUUGGCACCACCUUUGCCCUGCCUGCAAAAUGUCCCUAUCCACAGGAGCUUUGAGUCUGCUCAGCAGACCAGCCACACUUGGAGUUUUUUCACCUUCCCCCAGAAGAGGGUUUUCCCAGUGGGAUUAGCAGCCAGCCUCCUUGCAGAAUAAAUUCGCUCCUGGCUCAAACUUUCCAGGUUGGCAAAGAUUUCCUUUUUUUGGGAAGCAGGUGUUUUGGGAUGAGGUAGAGGCACUGAUCUAGGAAGGAUUUCUUCUUCACCUCUUUUUUUCCUCUCUCUUUAGCACAGAGAGGGGAAGAAUGGCUCGGGGGGGGGGACAUUUCUAUAGGGGAGAGUGGGGAGACUGCCCUACCUUGUGCACUCAGGCAGGUAACUCCACUUUUGCUUCCCCCGGGAGCACCCCUCUUUAGCAUAGAGCAGGAUCGUGGCCCUUUGGCACUUCUGCCCAGUGGCUGGAUCUACUCAGCCAAUUUGGAGCCGGUUGGGGGGGGGGCUUGGCUCCCCACCCCCUCAAUCCCCCUCUUUACAACAACGUCCCUUCCCAGGAUGCAAUAUUUGCCUGCGGUGGACACACAGCUUCCCUCCUUUCCACACACCCCCCAUAAAUCCCUUACUUUAAAAUUGGUUCCCAUCUUCCUGCUUUCCUAAAGCAAACAAAUGUCUUUCUCUCACAUAUACACACACAAACCCAUUUCUCUCUUUGUUUUUCUGAGGGGGCGGGGGGGGGUGUAAUGUAGAAAACCAUCCUUUUUCAUGGUACAGAAUUAAGGGUUUCCUUUUCCAUCUUAUGGGUUUUUUUUCCUCUCUCUCUUUUCCAGAUUAGUCAUACGUGCUUUGUGGUUGAUGCUGUUUUUAUUUUUCUCCCGCGUUUCUUCCACGGGGGGUGGGGAUGGGGGUGGGAGGAGAAGCGUAACUCGCCUCCCUCGGCCUCUGUUUCACUCCCCCCGCCCCACAACCUCGGUUUCCUCUCCUUCCCCCCAUUUUUUUCGCUCCCUUUCUCCUCCCCCACCCCCACCCCGACGAGCUCUUCUUAGCUUAACAAUACUUGCUGCCGAAACGUUAUAACUAAAGACUUUUCUUCGUUGUAUAUAAGCUAUUUCUUGACACAUUUAAAAAUAAAAAAAACGAAAACUGCAAAAAAAAAAAAGUUUGGGGGCGGGGGUACGGAAAAGCCGACAACAAAAAACAAACAAACCGGGGUGGGUAAAUUGUACAUUUGUGUAGAGAAAACAAAAAUGACAAAAAGAGAAGACAGCUUAGCCAUGAAUAUUGUGAAAGUUGUUUAACGUCCUUUUUGUAGUGUGACCUUCUUUGUGUACGGCGUUUAAAAUGUGCAAAAGGCAGUUUCCUGCAGUUCGGGGGGAGGGAGGGAGGAGGCUGGGGCGGGGCGCUAUGCAGCUCAUGUCACCCGCCCCACACUUUACCCACCUGCACCCCCCCCCCAAAAAAGCUGAAACGGACUUGGUGGUAGCCAUCAUUUCCCCAAAAAGGUGCCUUUUCUUUCCCUUGUGUCAGAAGCAAGGAGUCCCACGAACUACCAGCAUGCACACGGACUUUGAGCCUUGGUAGAGGCCACAGGCCCAGGGGCUCCCUCCCCAUCCCUCUAAACCCCCCCCCCCAAACCCCAAGUUUUCACAAACGGGGGAAUCAAAUACUAGUAUUAAACUAUCAAUGUAUUUGCACUGUUUGUAACGAAUGCUUUAGGCUUGAGACAGCAUACACUUCUCUCGACUGUUCCUCAUCCGGCGUCCAGAAACUCAGCUACCACCGACCCCAAUUUCCAGGGGGAGACAGUACUUCUCCCUGCAUCUCCCCUUUCAACCAUUUGCUGAUCCCUCUCAGCUUCAUCACCUUUCAUUCCUUCCGCCUCUCAGUGAUCCGUUUUCUAUCAUCCCCGCCCCCCCAAAAAAACCCCACUCUUAAAUAUCAGUGACAUUCUAGGGACUGUUUGAUAUUCUUUCCCCUGUGCCCCAAGAAAGUGCAUCCAGGAUUUGAGUUCCUGAAAAUCUUUUUUUUUUUAAUUAUGUGGACCCUCAUCUAUCCCUCAUGUUUCCAGCACACAGGCAACACUUGCGAAGGUUUCCACCAUCCAGGCAGGCAGAGAUUGUGCUCUGCUUAGCUAAGAUGUUCAUCCUUAAGUGUGAGUGUGCGUGCAUGUACAUACAGGAAGGGAGAAUGUGACUCGUUCCACGUCAACCGGCCAUUGCCAAACAAGUUCAAAGCCCAUCGGCGCAGUGGGGAAUAUCGGGCUUAAUGUCUAUCGUACAAAACCUCCGUCAGCUUCAGCUUCCUGAGGUUCUUAACAUGGGGAUGGAAAGGUGUAAUAGAUUCUCUACGAAAGGCAAGCACUCCAGUAUCUUUGAGAUCCGUUGAGUGUGAAGAGAGCCGCUUAAAGGUCUUGUCCCAUCUUAAUGGGAGCCUGAAAUCUUUGCAUGCCAGUACGUUCUGAGUAGAGUCUCUCCUUAACUGUCAACCUCACCAAUUUAAUUGAGGGCCAUCCUUACGAGCUGUCAGACCCUCUUAUGGAGGGCUCUUCAAGAAAUGGGCCUUGUCUCUUAUCUACUUUGGAGAACGGCAGUUCCAGAAAUGGACCAAAGUGUGCAGCUUUCGCAUCUUGUGCAGCCCUUCCUGAUGCCUUUUCUUCAUUUGCCCUUAAGAUUCCAGGGUGUCUGGUUCCCAACACUCCAGGGAAAGUUUGGCUCCGUUCCCCAAUGCUAUUUCAUUUCCCUUUGGACCAAGUCGGGCGUUUGGGAGUAGCUUUCUGACUUCUUGGUCGGUGUGCUCACUUCUUGAUUCUUUAUUUUAUAAAGCCAAACUUCUAGUCUUUUAUGACAUUACUAAACUCAAGAGGACUCCAGUAUUUAAGGGCUGUAAUUUUUGCAGCCUGCCAUUACGGGUGCGUUCUUUGUGACCUUCUGUCAUGCUCCCCAAUAUCACCUCUCUUGGAAAUCUAUAUUCGAAGCCCCAGGGGUGGAGGCUUCGAGGAAAAUCUGAGCAAAGCUGUUGUGAAACCAGCCUGUGUUCACCAUUGAUUUGAAGGAUCGUGUGUGUGUGUGUGUGUGCUGAGGGACAGAAUCACCUUUUUAAAAUUUUGGUGUCACAUGACAAGCCCCCAGAUCUGACUUAAUGAUCCAUCCCACAUUUGAUCUGCAGCAUGCUGGAUAACAUUGACUGGACUUGAUGGUAGCCAAAAAGCACUUUCUCACCUUCCCAUACUUCCUGGAGUUUAGCCAACCUGGUGUGCAGGUUGCAUGCAGUGCUAUUCCCACUCAGAGUAGACCCAUUGAAAGCAAUGGUCGUGACCAACUUAGGCCGCUUUUCAUUUCUGCGGGCCUGCUCUUGAGUAUACCUUAGGUGCGCACAACCCUGCAUCUUCACACCUCUGGUCCCAGACCUCUCUCCCUCAACCAUUCAGCCGAUGGCGUGGUCCCAAUUCGCCCCUCUUCUGUCUCCUGGCCUGAAUUCAGGAACCCGCACCCCCAGUUGAGCAAAGUAUGCAAAGGCUUCUCCCGCGAAGAGGGUGGUCAACCAGAUGAACAUCAGAUUGUCCCUUUGCUGCCUUAGGGGUAGUUGGCUACGUGGGGAAGGAACGUGUGGGAAUCCUUUGUCCCUCCUGAUAUUGCUAAGCGACAGCUCCCACCCCUAGCCAUUGAUCGUGCUUGCUGGGGCCAAUGGGAGUUGUAGUUCAGCAACAUCGGGAGGGCCAAAGGAUUCCCACUUAUGGGGUGUGGACUCCUGGUGCCCUCCCUCACCUGAGCACUUCUUCCUUGGCCAUCUCUUUUUCUGUAGCCUCUUGACCUGCAGCCAUGCUCACCAUUCCUCGCACCAGGCUGUUGACCAUGAGUCAACCUUACUCUAGUUCUUGGGAACCAGCCACCACCUCUUAAUACGGUCAUAAUUUUCCCCCUACUUAACCUCCACCUUCUCUUUCCCUCCACUCUCCCAUUGUGGAUCCUGUAUCUCGUAGGGGUCCCGUCCCCCCGAGCACAACGAGAUCUCCUGCAAGGAUCACAGCAAAUCCGGGGAGGUCAGUUGCAACCGUCCUACAGCCAUAUGUUACAGAGGCAGGGUUCAGCUUCACCCCACUAUCUCUUCGGGUCAAGAGCAAUGGUAAGUCCCCUUGCUGGGGCUGCCAGCUAUCAGAUCAAGGGCCUAACUUGCCAGAGAGGCCCUUCUUCCUCUCCUCCCCACACCCCAAAAACAUCCCAUUUUGCCACUCUCCCUCUUCAGCCUUCAGUUCCUCUAGCUCAGGUGGGAAGCUGCAGCCCUCCAGAUGUUGGGAACCUGUGGCCUUCCAGAUGUUGCUGCAAUGCAGCUCCCACCAUCCCUGGCCAUUUGGCGCACGGGCUGAAGCUGAUGGGAGCUGGAAGUCCGGCAACAGCCAGGGGGGCACAGAUUUCCCCACCCCACAGCACGGGGGGCUCACGGCACCACGAGUCGUUCCAUUGCAGGAGCAGGGUGUGUGUGUGUUAAAAAGACAAAAAAUUCACGCGGCUUAGCACACACACACACACCAAUUUGAAACCCGGGGCAGCGAGAGAUAGCUGAGCACAGGAGGGAUCAGAGAGAAUUGCAGCUGCAAAUUAUCGGGGUGAAGGGGGGGGGACCUUGGUGGAAAUCGGGCCUUUUGCACAAUUUUAAGAGGGCUUUUAAUUUUAAUUUUCCGCAUUGUGUUUUUGAAAAUCCGGUUUAAAAGGAGAAGGAAGGAAGGAAGAAAAAAAAAGCUGUUUAAAUAUUGCCAAUUGAUUAUGCAGUGACCUGAUUAAAAAUAAUAAUAAUAAGCUAAUUUUUGGAGAAAGGAUUAAAAAAAAACUUUGUAAUAUUUAUCACUUGCAAGCUAUGUUUAAUAAAGAAAGGAAUGGUUUAUACAUUU